AUUGACAGUUACUGUGGCGUCGUUCUCGUCCUCCUAUGGAGCAAUGAACUGUAGGUAGAACAAAAGAACCUAAACAAACCUUUGAAUUAUCUCGCAUACUUAUAGUGGUUGAGGUGAAAUAAAAUGAAGCCUGAAGAUGCGCCCAAAGACGAAGAUGAAAAAGCGGAGCCAGAAAAUGCACCACUCGUCGCGGGGGACGUUAUUGGCGACACUGCUUAUAGCGAGCGAUUUGUUUUAAAAAUCCUGCUAAAGUUAGCAAAUUUGGACACUUUGAAAGAAGAAAUCAAGGAAAAAUCUUUUGAAGAUGAUCUUUGCACGCUGUGGGAUAUGACUGCGGAGCGAGAUGUGGUUUUAUUCCUCCAGAAACAUGACAUCUUAAAACUCUUCUAUUUCGCUUUGCCCGUUAUAGAAUCUCCGCGUUUUAUAGAGAUAAUUGUCGGUAUUAUAGGAAAUUUAUCAUGCCAUAGGAACGUCGUGUCGGAUCUGAUGAAAAUGAAUAACUUUUUGGAGUUACUCCUUGAUUACAUGAAGAGUGAUGACAGUCUGGUGCUGAUACAAGUGCUGCGCCUCGUAAACUCGAGUUUGUUCCUCGCGCCCGACGCUCACGUCGCUACUUUGAUGGAUAUUUUCCAAAAGACAGACUAUUCUAGCACUCUAUAUUUCAUGUUAAAGAAUUCUUCAAGCAAAGAACUGCUUCUGACAGCAAUAGAGAAUUUCAAUACACUGUGCUCAUAUUGUAACACAGAGAAAACCAGAUCGCUUUUCUUUACGAACUUCUUGAAGAAGGAAGCUAUCGAGUCUCUGGUAGCAGGUUUUACCGAGAUUAUUGUGAAUCAAAAAGAUUCCUGUGAGCAGGAUGAACUUGAAAGAGUGCUGGUUAUAACAUUUCAAAUAGUACUCAAUUUGGUAGGUUUUGACAAGUCUCAGGACAUUUACAUAGAGUGCGCUGACGAUGUUGCUAACAUGAUACACCAAGCUUUAUGCUACUAUGAGAGGAAGUUGAUUAAUCUCAAAGAAAUAGAUUCCGAUGUAAUAGAUAUAAUUGACUCUAGUAUAACUAUAAUCAAUGUGUUGAAAAUCACCUGUGACCCCAGUAAAUAUUUCAGACCAUGCUACAGGAUGUGGCGGGCAGUGAGUUUAAUAUUAAAAAACACAAAGAACGGUACCAGUUUUGAGCAAGACGACAGGGAAGAGUUGACAGCAUACACAAGAAACAUUGUCAAUCCGUUGAGUACACUUAUUUGUGUUUACUUGAAAAGUUGUACUGAAGAGGAGUUAUUGAAGAUCCUUGAUGACCUUGGUGAGGAGUAUGAGAGAAUAGUGGGUGCCGUGAAAGACAAGGAGGUUCAAGCUGAAGUCAGUAAAAGAACAGAUAACUACAGAACUAGGUUAAAGGACAAUGUAGAUUCAUAAUAAACACUUGAUCAUACCUC